AUGGGUCCCAAGACGAGGAACUGGUCUUUCGCUGUUGCUCCGGACCUCGAGUGCUCCUUCUGUGAGGGCACGGCAGACUUCAACAAGGAGGGCAAGCCAGAGAAACUUCUGUCCUGCGUCGCCUGCGGUCGUUCGGGACACUUCUCAUGCUUGCAGAUGAUAGAGCAGCACAUCAUCAGUGCAGUACAGAAGUAUCCCUGGCACUGUAUCGAGUGCAAGGCCUGCGAAGUCUGCCGAGAGAUUGACGAGCAUCUCAUACUGUGUGACUACUGUGAUCGAGGUUGGCACAGAGAAUGCGCCCAAGCUGACAUCGAGGACGACGAUUCGACCUGGCGGUGCCCCAAAUGUGCGGGCACCUUCUCCUCUCUGCCGGCCAUUGCUGCUUCAACAAAGGGCAAGCAGAGGGCAACUUCCUCUCCUGCUGCUCGUCUCAGUCUCAAUGGAUCUCACGUCGCGUCGCCGCCCCCUUCCAGGAUCACCCCACGCGCUCCACAAGGAGGUGCGAGAAUCAAAACGCCCUCUGGGAUUUAUCAAGAUAUUGGCGGCAGCUCUGGCGGGCUCAAAGUGAGACUGAAAGUCAACGCUGAGCCAGCAUCCUCCAAAGCGAGACGGACGAGCAACGGCCGACCGAAUUACCGCUUGCCAGACUUCACAGACGAUGACAGCGAUGCUUCUCUGCUCCCCUCCUCUGCUGCUAAGCUUCCUACCAAGAAGCGCAGGACGAUAGUGCAAGAGAUUGUACCUGACGAGCCUCCAGAAGAGGCGGAGGAAGAAGAACAGGAGGACUUGCCUUAUGGUGGUAUCUUGACCGGGCAGGAUGCGGAGCCAGGCGACCGCAAGCCUGCUGCACCAGAUAAGCAACGUUUCGAUAUGGCAAAGCUUGCGCAGGAGAACAUGCAAAGGCGCUUAGCGGCUGCAAAUGCUGCAGCUCGGCUCCGAAACAAUGCUUCCCCAAUGUCUUAUACCGGGGAGGAGCAAGACGCAGAGCCGUCCUCUCGAAGUACCGCUGUCGGUCUCCGCCAGCGCUCAGCACACAAUCUGUCUGCCUCUCAGUCCUAUGCUGACUCGAGGGACUCCACGCCGAGUACGCCGAUGGGCGCAGCAGCAGUCAACUCGAACAUACGCUGUAUACGCUUUGGAGAGUUUGAAAUCGAUACAUGGUACCAGGCACCGUAUCCCGAAGAAUAUGCUCUCGUACCCGAUGGCAUGCUCUGGAUUUGCGAAUAUUGCUUCAAGUAUAUGAAAGGGCGCUUUCAGACCUCGCGACAUAGGCUCAAAUGCAAGCUGCGGCAUCCGCCUGGCGAUGAAAUCUACCGCGAUGGCGAGGUAUCAGUGUUUGAGGUAGACGGGCGGAAGAGCAAGAUCUAUUGCCAGAAUUUGUGUCUGCUGGCAAAGAUGUUCCUAGAUCACAAGACGCUCUACUACGAUGUCGAUCCUUUCUUGUUUUACGUCAUGACGGAAGCGGGCCCAGAUGGUGCUCGAUUUGUAGGCUAUUUCUCAAAGGAGAAGCGGAGCAGCACAAAUAAUGUCAGCUGCAUCAUGACGUUACCUGUGCGUCAGCGAAGGGGAUGGGGCAAUAUGCUCAUUGACUUUAGCUACUUGCUCUCAAAGGUCGAAAAGCGGUUCGGAACGCCAGAGAAGCCCCUUUCGGAUCUCGGGCUCGUCACUUACAAAAGCUACUGGACAAACGCAAUAUUCGACUUUCUCGAUACUGCUCGCGAUACUCGAACGCUGGAGCAAAUCAGCAAUGCCACCCGCAUCAUGCUAGAAGAAGUCUAUUAUGUACUCAAGACCCAGAACAUGAUCAGAAACACAGCCCCGCCUAUUGUCGCUAUGCCAGACACGCCUCCCUCUGCCCAGUACUCGUCUCGAUUCCACGGCAAUCGACACGUCUCUCGUAAGAAAGCUCAGGGCGGUGCGGGCAAGACCUCGGCAGAGGACGAACCACACGAGAUUCCGACCGAGUAUAAGCUCGAACUCGACUUUGACAAGAUAUCUGCCCAUCUUGCAAAGUGGAAGGGUAAAGGUCACAUACAGCUUAAUCCGGACAGAUUGAGAUGGACGCCCUAUCUCGUCAGUCAUGCUUUACCUGUCCAGAAUGAUCCUCAGCCGCUUCUCAACGGCGCCCUCGUCGAUAUUACUGCCCAGCGCGACGAGCCGAUAGCGAACAUACAGGCCGAGACAGAUGCCGAGGAAGUCACCGGUAUGAAGGUCGCAGAUGGCGCGAUCGAGGAUGCUGUAAAAAGCGUCACAGAGCUUGCACCGGCGCCUGCACUCAAACAGAAUGGCGAUGCGCACUCGGACGAGCCUGCAGGACAAGCACCUCAUGCUGCUUCCACCAGCCCAUCUGUGGCCGAAACCAGACCCAAGGUUUCGCCGGUGACGCUCAAAUUGAGAAACGGAAGUGCUGAGCGUUCGCAAGAGUCGCCAACGCAGCUCAGAGUGCCGUCUUCGCAGUCACAGCCCUCGCCGACGCAUCUCAAAGCUGGUGGCCAUGGUCUCUCUCCCAAAGUCAACGGCUCAACGCCAAAGCGUCGAGUCGGCUCGAGCGAGCUUAGCAUGCUCGGCAUCCAGGCAACGCCGAUUACACCCGCACUGCCACGCCGCGCCCGUAACUCUGCAACACCGACAAGUCUGCCGAGCUUGAAGAAGCGAAGGAGCGAAUUCACCCCUGCUCAUCGCUCGUCGCGGCAGACGCCAGACAGCGCGAAUCACAUCAAUGGAGUCGAAUGGCAAGAGGAAGAUGCGGAUGGGGAAGUGGAUCCGGACUACGUGUGA